GGUCAUGGUGGUAGAAAGUCGGUAGUAGUUGCGAAUCCCGUCCAAAGUGAGUUACGUUACCCUUAAUGACACAUUUUCUAAAUCAGUUAAAUAUUUGUACCCGCGAUAGCCCUUAGACCGGUAGCAGCCCUCUUUUUUCUUAUGAAUUUUAUUUGAUAAACGAGGCCGUAAACUGAUAAGAGAGGGCGAGGGGCUGAUGGUGGAAAGCGAAAAAAGGCCGCCAACCUCUCCCUUCUCGCCGAACUUCGUGCUCAAUCCAGCGUUAGCUUUUUUCCACAGUCUAUCCUGCACCUCAUCUGCCUACAAGUAGCUUUCUUGUAAAGUUUGUAGACAAUUGUCACUAAUCAAGACUGUAUGUUGUGAUUAUUAAGAUAAUACACUGCUACUGGCUAGUAGUAAGGACGGAGAUUAUUGAUGGUAUUUGCCCUAGGUAUAAGAGGUUUUUUCCUUGCGUGCGGGGAAUUCGUCGUGGUCGACCGCGGGCCGACUGAUCACUUUAAAGAGUUGACUGAAACCAGAAACCAGGCAUGAAAGGUCUCAGAUACCCAGGGUCAUGUCAUUUAAGCUUUAGAAGCAAAAGGUUGACUGUCUUCAAAUAUUAUUUUCUAUCGUAGGAUCCGCCUGGGAGUGUCAUCCGGGUUGCAGGAGGUUCUGUCUUUCUUCCUGUAAAAGAAGCUGCUGUGCACCCGGGGCCCCGAAUUACACCCCGGACAUGUUUCCACAACUUGUCAGUUACCAAGCCUCCCUACCCCCUCCUCCCCCUCCACCUCCAGCAUGCCCUACGGGUUGCCCAUCCACUUGUUAUCCUAGCUGCGACGCAGGUUGCUGUUUUCCCGUUAAUCAAGCUCCAGUUUAUCCUCAGUAUCCCGCUAACCCAUACAGUACUGGAUAUGGGGGAUAUCCCACUGAUCCCUGCGCCGCACAGGGGUGUUCUGCGGAGUGCGCUCCUCUUUGCAAGCCAGGUAAGCAUAGUUAAUAUUCUUCUUUUGUCAGUUUUCCCCCUCGCAUCAGUAUAUAAAGCUUUUUGCUGGAGAGCCUUAUGCGAGCCAGCACACUAUUCUCUAUAAUAGCGGGAAAAAGCCAAAUUUUUGUCGGAUGUAAGAUCAGAAGCAAGUGCAGUCGAUUUGUUUUCUUAUUAUCAGGGGUAUUCACUCAUGUGCGAGAAUCAACAAAACUCAAGGCAAUUUUGGCAUCUAUGAGCUGCUAUCCUCUUACUUUUUGUUGAUUAGACUGUUGUCGCUCCCAAGCCUUGAAUUUGAGUAUUCGGCCAGUGUAUUUAGGCAGUAAAGCUUCUCCUGCUACUUCAACUUCUCCUAAGAAGGUCGCAGCCGAAAAGAAACCCCCGCCACCAAAGAAGAAACCUGCCGUAGACCUGAAGAAGCUGGCCGGAAAGACAAACUUUUUGUGUGUACGUCCGUGCCAAAAACUAUGCAAGCCUAUAUGCAAGUAAGUCAUGUACUCCAAAAGUAUAGGAGUAGAUCACAUGCACGCAGGACAAUGAAAUGAACAUUUUAAGGGAAAAUGUCUUAAAAUUUUAAAGAUACCUUUUUUGUGAAAGAUUAAUUGCGCUUAGGUACAAAAUUAUUCUACUACACGACUUUUUAACAUGCAGGUACUAUACUGUCUAAACUAGAAAAAUGUUAAGAUAAAUGUAGAAUCCAUAAUUAUUAUCAUCCUGUGAAUACUUCCCGCCUGUUCACUUCCUGUAGCUGGGGACCGCAAAAAGUCCCCAGCACAUGAGGGACAAAAAGUAGGCAGCGUUAACUUUUGCAAGACGUCUGGGCUGCUACUAAGGACUACAGGGAGAAAUUGGGCCCCUAACUGACUGGCAAGUCCUGAAUAACCAUCCCAGAAACAAUUGCGGGACAAAUUUCGGCUCCAGCCCCCUUCUCCUUUCUUAAGUGCGCGAGGAGACAAUUAUCUGUAUUGGGCUAUCUCUAGGUGACGCAUUGACAUCUAGAAGAAUCAAAACUCGUAGAAAAUAAUUUGUUAACCGGAAAGCGAUGUCAGUGGUAGUAUUUUCAAAGGGUCAAAUUGAUGCAACCUAUUUCCGGGGGCAAUGGAAGGGGUAUACGAAAUCGGGGCGCCGGCCCCUGGACAUCAUACCUCUCGUUUUGUAAAGGAAUAUGCAAUAGGGACGAGAUUGAAAUUGAUGCAAGCGUAGACGUUACUUACACACGAAAAACAAUAAGGGCAUAGGUGUUUUACCACUGCUGGUAGCUUAUCGCCUAUCUCCUGUCACAGAUUUGAAUGCUGUUUGCCCACGUAUAAAUUCCAUGACUCUCACCCUGCUCCGAAAAAGCCUGCUAAAGAUCAUCAUGUCAAACCUGUCGCCUCACCUCAGAGGGUACCAGUCCCCAAACUGGCCUCUCCACCGGAGCCAACAGAAGGACCGGCGGCGCAGGACCUGCAACCACCUUCACCUUAUGCGGGUGGAUACCAAAAUCCGGAUCCAGCAGCAGCGAUGAUGGCAUCCCCUCCGGGUACAGUAGAACCAGGAGAGCCCCUGGUAUAACUUUGUAUUUUCACCUCCCACGGGAAACCAUAGAGAGGGUCCCAAAAUGGUGCUUUCUUUUCACCGCCUCAAAAUGUUUUUCGUACAGUUUCGAUGCUUUUUUUAUCGAGUUAUCUCGAAACUCGAAUUACGUUAACUUUUCAGAGUAUCUUUCCUACAGAUGCUUGAAGAAAGUCCAUAUUAGAUCAUUUUUAGAAAAACAGGGGCAAACAAUCAGAAGAAAAGUGGUGUACCAUGUGUACCAUCAAUCGGCCGCGCGACAACUUCGAGGAAUAUGGAUGGUUUAUUUAUAUUGAGUCAGAAUUAUAGAUAUUUUUGACAUCAAAGAAUUGAAAUGCGACUCACCUUUCUUACCCUUCCUCGACUUCUAAUCCUUACCUUAAAUUAACCAAUUCUCUGGAUUUGUCGAAAACUUGCAGGGACACUCUAAAUCGAGAGACAUGUUGUGUAGAUCUAACUUGAAAGCUCUGAAUGAUACUGUUUACUUUUCAGUAUUUUAUAAAAUUACAUUAUUUUGCGAUAUCUUUUCUUUAACGGCGAUUGUUGGCAUGCACAUUCUUCAGUCGUGACAGGACUACUCCUAGACUCAUUGCAUCACCUGAUUAACUAAGCUAACUGUAAACGAUCUCCUCCUUCAGAGCCAACAUGUCCAGGUGCCUGCCCGAUGUCGUGUGCCCCAUCUUGUGAUUUCUCCUGUUGUUCCUCUUACAUGACACCACAACCACAACCAGUUGCCCCAGUGCCUCCUCAGCAAGGCUUCCCUUAUGGAGCAGUGCCACCUAACCCUAUGGUGAGCAAUACUAACUAUAUGGUAAGUAAUACAAUCCUAUAGUAAGAAAUAUUAUUUCUAUGGUGAUCAACACUAAGCCUGUGGUGAGUAAUACUAAUCCCAUGGUAAUCAACACUAAGCCUAUGGUGAAUAGUAAUAAUCCCAUGGCAAGUAAUACUAACCCCAUGGUGAUCAAUAUCAAUCCUAUGGUAAGUAAUACUAAUCCUAUGGUGAUCAACACUGAUCCUAUGGUAAGUAAUACGACUCCCAUGGUGAUCAAUACCAAUCCUAUGGUAAGUAAUACAAAUCCUUUGGCAAGUAAUAUUAAUCCUAUGGUGAUCAACACUGAUCCUAUGGUAAGUAAUACUACUCCCAUGGUGAUCAAUACCAAUCCUAUGGUAAGUAAUAAUAUUAUGGUAAGGAAUACUAAUCCUACAGUAAAUAAUGCGAGGUUCUAUUUGCUGGCACAAAAUUUUGCGAAUAGGGACAAAGAAACCAGCCCUAAAUUUAAAAUUAGUAACUCUUGACCAACGUUCAAGUGAUACUUGUAUGAAUUUGGUUUUAUAUUUCUACUUGCUUUGUACCUAUUUAUUCACUUCCGUGGGGAUGUUAGUUAAAUAUCUUCCAAACAUUAAUAUGUCCCUCUUUUUUGUAGGCACCAAAUCCAGUCCCCCAGGCUCCACCCUCCCCAGGUCUUGCUCCUCUAAGCUGUCCAGGACAGUCGUGCCCAGACUCGUGCGCCCCACUGUGUUCGCCAAGCUGCUGCGCGGGAAUUAGCCGCAUGCUCCCAGCAAACUGGGACAAGAGAAACAACGUGCCUCGUGCGGCCUAA